UCAUUUACGUAUUUAACAAUAGUUGAUAAAAUAUAGCGGAAAAUGUGUGGCAAUUACUAUCUCAUUGUAAUUAGUGAGACACGAACGAAAUGUCAAAAGGGGAGUAUCAAGAGGUACCUACGAAAGACGAAAAGCAGCCCGAAAAACCUAUCAAAGAAGAUGUAAUUCAACCGUACGGCUAUGGGGUGCGUCACGUGCAGACAUUCAUUAUGUUUAUAUGUUUAACGGUUGGAUACAUAGCUAGAGCAUACUUAAGUGUGUCCAUAGUGGCCAUGACUAAUAAGAGCAAUCAUACAAAUAUAUUAGAGAACAUACAAAAUGAUACAACAGAAGUUUUAGAAGAUUUACAAGAAAUAAGAACUGAUAACAAUGAUACAAUAUUAAUAUAUAAUGAUAGUAUGCAAAAUAUUAGUAUAUUUAAUGAUAAAUUUGAUAUGGAUCCAGAAAGUUCUUUAGGAAUAUACAGAACAUAUGAUUGGCCUAAAUCUACACAAGAGAUGGUGCUGUCGUCAUUUUUCCUCGGAUAUAAUAUCAUGCAAUUCCCUAUGGGAUUAGUUACGCAACGGUGGGGUGGUAAGAUUCCUUUGCAAAUAGGACUGUUUACAAACGGAAUUACGUGUAUAGUAGCGCCCUGGCUCGUCCUGUGGGGUGGUUGGAGAGCAGUGUGCGCGUGUCGGAUAGUCCAAGGUCUAUCACAGGCAGGAGUGUACCCCUCAAUUCAAACUUUGCUCGCACAAUGGGUUCCUAAAUCUGAGAGAGGCAGACUUGCCAGUUAUGUUUACACAGGUUCAACGCUUGGUACUGUGAUAGCUUUCCAAGUUGGCGGAAUUCUGGCUGAAAGUGCAGGUGGCUGGCCGUCUAUAUUUUGGGCGACCGGGAGCGCUUGCUUAUUGAUGUUCGUUCUACUCACCGUCUUCGGUGCCGCAACACCAGCUCAACACAAAACUAUAACCGAAGCGGAAAAGAGUUUCAUUGCAAACUCCAGCAAUACUGCAGUUAAAGAGAAGCCAAAAGUACCAUGGAAGGCACUGUUGACAUCAAGGUACGUGUGGGCUUGCAUCGCUACACAGAUUGGCAGUGGUAUAUCCUUUUUCUUCAUCUUCACUCAAGUGCCUUCAUACAUACACUCCAUUCUUGAAGUUGAUGUUAAAAGCAGUGGUCUCUUGUCGUCGUUACCUUACGUGGCCGCUUGCUGCUUCUCUGUUCUCUUUGGAGUCAUCUCGGACUUUUGUUUAAAUAGAAAAAUGAUUAGUGUGAAGAAUUCUAGAAGACUGUUCAAUUCUGUAUCGCAAGUUGGUGCAGCCCUAUGUUUGAUAUCAGUUUCGUUUACAAAGAAACUCAGCUUAGCCAUAAUACUUUUAAUGUUGGCGACUGGUUUCCAACCUGGAAUUCACGUAGGGUGGAUGAUCAAUCAUAUAGAUCUGACACCGAAUUUUAGUGGAACACUCAUUGCUGUUGGAAAUUCUCUGAUGAACGUUUUUGUGUUAAUAACUCCUGUUUUUGUCUCCUACAUUGUUACUGAUUUGACAAAUCAGCUGCAAUGGCGUAUCAUGUUCAUAAUUGUGGGAGUAUGUGCAAUCGUUACUAAUGGUAUAUUUGUAGCUCUAAUGACUGCCGACGUACAGCCGUGGAACGAUCCGGAUUAUAAUAAGAAAACAAACACGGAAAAGGAAUCGAUAAAGUAGCAUGAACUCCGAUUCGAUUAUUGAGCAGUUAUUCGAAUAUGUGCAUGGAUGUUAGUGGUCAUGUAUUGGAUGUAAUAAAAAAAAUAUUCGAUA